AUGAGGUUCUCUCCUUUGCUGCGGAUGGCCAGUUCUUCAACAAUAACCUCUCCCUCGAGCCUGAGACCGGCUCCGCUUGCGCUGCUCCCUCCUCUCCCCCUUUAUCGUCGUCUCUUGCGAGCCCACCGGAAACUUCCGCGGGAGCUUCGGCUCCUGGGCGAUGAAUACAUAAAGGCAGAAUUUCGAGCACAUCGCGACGUGGAAAACCCGAUCCACAUUGUCGGAUUUUUGACUGAAUGGCAGCUGUACGCUCAGAAGCUAGAAGGCGAUUCAUGGCGAGACGAAAAGCUGGACAAAGCAAAACUGGAGAAAAUGAGCGACCAGCAAAUCGCUCAGCUUUACGAACUUAUGCAGGCAACCAAGGAAAAGGGCGACAAGGACAAUGGUGACUCAUAG